GCGCAGCUUGCCCGCACUGGCCGACCUUGUUCCGUGUCGCUUUCCCUUCUUCCCGGCAUUCCUGUUUCCGGUUUCUCAUGGCUCCUUGGUUUUUCCACCUUUGAGGCACUUCGCGCCCAGGGGUUCGGUGACGUCAUUUCUCUGCGCUGCGCGGACACCCGCGGGUGGAAGAAGGAUCUGCUUCGCCGCCCUUCGCUUCUUUUGUUGGGCUGUUGCUCCUGCAGAUCAUGGCGCCGUCACUGUGGAAGGGACUCGUGGGCAUCGGCCUCUUUGCCCUAGCCCACGCUGCCUUUUCCGCUGCGCAGCAUCGUUCUUAUAUGCGAUUAACAGAAAAGGAAGAUGAAUCACUGCCAAUAGAUAUACUUAUUCAGACACUUCUGGCCUUUGUAGUUACCUGUUAUGGUAUAGUUCUUCAUAUUGCAGGGGAGUUUAAAGACAUGGAUGCCACUUCAGAACUAGAAAAUAAGACAUUUGACACAUUAAGGAAUCACCCAUCAUUUUAUGUAUUUAAUCAUCGUGGUCGAGUACUGUUCCGGCCUUCGGAUACAACAAAUUCUUCAAACCAAGAUGCAUUGUCCUCUAACUCAUCAUUGAAGUUAAGAAAACUUGAAUCACCGCGCCGUUAAGAUUUUUACAAAUUAUAACAAUAGGACAGGACACAGAGCCGGAAUAUUGGAGUUUGGGGUAUAAAACACUCCCCCCAUCAGUAUUUAUAUUGAAAUUUCAGACCUAAUUUUAAAAAGUCCAUGGCCCCCUGUUUGUACACUGUUAAUCAAAUCGUGAAUGCAAUGUAAGUUAUCUGUGAAAUGAGUCUUGAUUUUUCAUAGAGGGAAAUCUUUUCAUUUAAAACAAAGUCACAUGUUUUGUAAAAGUCACUAUUUUAAACACAUUUAUUUGAGAAAUGUUGAUGGUUUUUGCAAUUAUUUAUUUUCUUUGAUUUCUUUUGCACUUCGGUUUUUAGGAUCCUUUUGGAAAUAGUGUGACUACUGCAUUUUGCAGCAUGAAUGACAGUAAAACGGUCUUCAGUUUUUAACAAGUGGACUUCUCUAAAGAGACCGAAAGGGCGACUCAUCUGUUUUUCUUAUGCCCCCUAAAAAGUGGCUCUGCUUCAGCAGAUACUUGCCAGUUUUUAAUUUAUCCCUGCCCCUGCCCUUACCCCGUUCCCAUGUCCCUUCUAACAUCAGUUGUGUUGUUUCAUCACUUCUUUGGGGUUCUGUGUGCAGUGAGCAAUUUUUGUGUCACAGAUUCCUUGUCAUAACAAAUACUUUAACAAACUUAACUUGUAAAGCGACUUGUGUUCCCUUCAUUUAUCUGUAAAAAUGUUCCUUAAUUGAUUAUAUAAGAAUAGUUGAAGAUAGACCAAAAAGACCAUGAUUUAAUUAUCCUGCUUAUAUAGAAGAAUAGUAAUCGCUGAGAAAAAACCGAUUACUUGUCAUUAGUCAGUUUAACUUAUUCAAAGUCUCUUGUUUUAUUGCAUACUAAACUAGUGAAUUAGUAAAAAUAAAGGACACUUGUCAUUAAAGUUCAACUUCAAAGGAAUUGGGCCAAAUAUGUUUUAAAUAUUUGGAACUAAUAUCUUUAAUGUUAAAAGAAUGAAGGUCAUUUAAAACAUUGUUUUGUAGCUUUGGAUUUGAAUCAGGCUUAGAAUUUUCCAUCAUCAUUGUACAAUGUUGAUGGUGAGAAUGAGGAUACAGAGUAGAAAUUGUUUAGAAAUAAUCAUUUUAGUUUUAGGGGAAUUUGGCUAGCUCUUUGAUGUGCAGGGAAGUUUUAACAUUUCUUGGGAGAGAACAUUCUGUUGAAUUGUAUAGGUAUGAAAACAUUGCUUUUUUUCAGACUGUAUAGGUGUAAAGGAAAUAACUAUGCAGAUUUGAAAAGGAAAUGUGCUUUAGGCAAGAGUUGUAAGAAGCCCUUUCACUUGAUGGCUUUUUCCCACUAGAAUUGAGCCUUAGCUCUCCUAUUCUGCUGGGGAGCACAGCCCCAAAGCACAGGGCUUUUACUUGCCGUCAGUUUUGUUCUGCCCACCAGUCUGUCUGUGGAAUGCUGACUCUGCUCUCCAAGGAGAGCACAGUGAGAAAUCUGCUGAGAACCUAGACUGACUUAGAAAUGAGUUAAAAAUGUGAAGUUGGGGGUUAAAGUGGCAAUAAUGGAAUCCAAAUAGUGUGUGAGAAACAAGCUCUUUAUAUCAGGCUUUGAUCAAGACCCUCUUAUUUUCUACUCUUUGGGGGCUGUCUUCCUUUCCCAGUAAGUUUUGAUAAAACUUUAUUGAGAUAGUUGGCAUACUUUACAAUUCACCCAUUUAAAGGGUAUGGUCCAAUGGUUUUGUAAUCUAUUCAGAGUGGUGCCGCCGUGACCACAGUUCACUGGAGAACAUGGCCAUCACCCUCAAAAUAAACUUUGUGCGCUUUAGCAGUCACCUCCCAUGUCCCCGCACCGCCUCCCAGCUCUGGGCACCCACUAAUCUAUGUGUCUAUAGAUUUGCCUAUUCUGGUCAUUUCAUGUUAGCAGAUUUGUACAAUAUCUUUGGUAGCAAAUAUGGUUUUUCUUCUCUGUGGAGUGAGAAUUUCUCCUCUUGAGAACUGUGAUUGCUGUGAAAGGGAGUGGUAGGUAAGAUCCAAAGGUGUAAGGAAGGAUGGUUAGGCCAAUCUUAAAAGCUGACUUUUUCCCUCAUAAUCAGGCAUUCAUGAUAUAUUACUACUUAUAAUGUUUUGGCCAGUCUUGAGAAUGGAUAUUGAAAUCUUUUGCCUGCCCAGUCAGGAAAAUCCUGCUAAAAUGAUGCCAAAUAAUUUGGCAAAUAAUUGAUACAGCACUUUCCAGGCUGGCAGCUUAUAUAUCUCGGGCCAGGUGAGCUUUCCAAAUUUCUUUUUUUCCCCCCAAAUAUCUUUUUAAAUUUCCUCCAGUAAAUUUCUGCUGUCUUUUUCAAGUAUGUAUCAUAGGACUAAAGAUGAUUUGGGUGCAUUGUUAACAGUGCUAAAUGGAUUAAAGAGAGAAUUUUAUUUAUAAUGCUAUGAGACAGUCCAUGGUUGCCGAGGGUGGUCCAAAAAUGUGAUGUGACUAGUUAAGCCUGCAGUUAACCAUGACUUCAGUCACAUUCAGAAGUGUGUACUAUGGAAGGUGCUCUAGAAUAUAGGAAGAAUCACUUUUUAAUUAACCAGGGAACCAGCCAAACGCUAUGGGCUAAUGACCCAGCUGUAGGAAAUGCAGAUCGGUGAAUUGGUGACUGUGAUGUUUUGUAACUCCCUAAUGAUUGUUUCCUAAGUAUUGUGGCUUAUUUUUGAGUGGCAUGACAGCAUCUUCCUGGUUGUAUGUGGCCUGUUUCCAUGAUGUAUUGAGUAGUGUUGUUUGUUGUGAGCAUCGAUGCCUGUAACACCAAGCUAAACACAUUUUUUUGGAUAUGUUUCCUUCUUUAAAUGACCUUGCCCUGUCCAAUAAAUAAAUGAUUGUCUCACCCUGUUUUUGGUAGUGGUUUUUUUUUUUUUUACUUUUAAUCAUAUUUUCUUCUGCUUCUCUGCCCCCAGAAAAAUGUAACAGCUAAUUUUAUGACUAUGAUGCUGUUCUACAGUAGAUGCUUUAACUUUUAUCAUACAAGUAAAGUCUUAUUGCACUUCUAUGUUUUUUAGAGUUGAAAUAGAAUGUGUUAAUUUCAUUUAUAUAUAAUUAUCAAAUGCCCUUUGGGGUUUAAGAAUUUUGGUCCUCCGGCAGCGGUGUCUAAUUAGUCCAUCGUAAGUUUGUUAUAUGGCCAAAUUGCUGUUACCAAAUGUCAUGUAUUUAAUAGCAUUAGGGGACAGAUGUUUAGUAAAAAUCAAAGGGUUUUAGUUUGUAAACUUGGCAUUUCAGAAUUGUGGGAAAAUAGUUCUACCAGUAUUCAAACCUACCUAGGGAUAUCAUAAACUAACGUAUCAGUAAAGUAUUCUUGAAAAAGGAAAAAAAAAGGUGAUAUAUGCACAUGGCAAAAAAAAAAAAAAGAUGGUACAGAAAGGAGUGAUGUUAAAAUUUGCCCCCUUCCCUCCCUAAUGCCCCCCACUCCACAGGUAAUCAGGUUAAAGUGUCUUGCAUAGUCUUUCAGGGAAAAAAUUAGCUAGCAAAUACGUAGUUAAAAAAUUUUUCACAUUAAUGAAAUCAAACUAUACAUUCUCUGUACCUUGCUUUUUUGCUGUGUCUUAAAUCCUUACAUAUCCAUAUAUACAGAAGUAUCUCAUUCUUUUUCAUGACUGUGUGGUAUUCCAUUGUAUGAAUGUGUUAUAAAUGUUUCAACAUUGAUGGGCUUUCGGAUUAUUUCCAACAUUUUCUUAUUGCUGAACCAUAUUGCAGCAAACUUAUUUGUACAUAUCAAGAGAUUGCACUACAGGGUUAAUUCUUAGCAAUAGAAUUGCUGGUUCAAAGAAUAUUUUUCAUUUUCAGUUCAGUCACUAUUGCCAAAUUAUUCUCCAGAAUUCUUUGCCCAGUUACACUGCAUAUAAUGUAUAAUAAGAAUGAUUAUCAGGCCCAUACCAAUACUGAGUACUAAACUUAAAAUUUUGAUAAUCUGAAAGUGAAAAAAAA